AUGCUGCGGAUGGCUGCUGGCGAGGAAACUAACCCGACCAGGCGUCCGAGGGCUCCUACCAUCACCAUCGAAACCAAUACCGAUGUGAACGCGGUCGACAACGCCGCUCCUCAAAGGUCGUUAGCCUCAACCACUGACCCCUCGACGAGUCCCACCACCCUGACCGUGGACAUGCCUCAACCAUCGCAGGCCUCCACCAGCUCCAAGCCCAAACUGCUGGCUGCCAACUCAUCCGGCAGCAAGGAUAGCCGUACCCAGAGCCCACACAAUGUUUCCAGUUCGGUAGCAGCACGAAAAAGUAAUCGCUCGCUCAAUUACCUGGAGGUUCCGAAUAACCAGCGUUCAAGGCAAAGUUCAGUGGACAGUGAGGAUGGAUCGCGCUCCUAUACGUCAUCGCAAGGCGACACGACAGUACUGGGUACGACGUCAUGGCAGGGCGACAAGAGCGAAAAGGGUGGCCACGACGAACAUGACAAGAUUAUGAACGACCCCGACGCUCUGAAGCCUGAUGCCGGCCGAGAAGCUGACUUCCAGGUGGAGAACAACCCAUUCGCCUUCAACCCUGGUCAGCUCACCAAAAUGUUUAACCCGACGAGUUUAGCUACGUACUACGCUAUGGGCGGGUUGAAAGGUAUCGAGAAGGGUCUACGCUCGAACAGGGACACUGGACUCAGCAUCGACGAAAAGCACAUCGACAAGACCAUCACCUUCGAAGAGGCGACGAGCAAGUCGUCUAAGCUUGCAAAUGAGGGCGUUGAGACGCCUCAAACCCCGGUCGCCCGGCGAAACACCGCUGGC